GCGGCCGGCUCUUCACGGGUUGGAGGGAGCCGCAGAUUUGUACCCAUUCCGCAUCCCACCCCAUACGACGUCACGGCUCACAGCGGCGUUUCGACAGGCAUCCAGAAAAUCGGCGCAGACUUAGCGGGAACGAGAGAGCGGCCAGAGUCGCCGUGAAAGCGCGUGUACUUUUGUACCUGGGAGGGAGUCGAAGUUCCGUCGCGCAGUUUCGCGUUCGUUGUUUAUUCAGGCGUCGUCUGACCGGCCCUGUAAACUGUUACUGGUCGCACUCUAGUGAUCGUGUUGCAAGUUAGCUUGUUGCUCCUGGUACACGCAUGGGGGCGGGAACUAUGCACGCUGACGACGGAUAGUCCAUUCAAAAAGACUCGCUUGUGUCACCGCUGGGAAGGCUCUCCGUGACGUCCGCGUGUUUCGGCUGGCCGGUGCGGUAGUGAAGAGACCAUGAGGCACGUCGGAGUCGGAUGGAUACCGCUGGUUUUCGGCGUGGUGCUCGCCGGCGGAUCUCUGCUGACGUUCGUCUGGGCUGUCGCGCGCGGGGAUGUCACACCUUACAUGCCCUUUGUCAGCGAAACCGGUGCAGAUCCGCCACAGAGUGGGUUCUUCUCGCUCUGCCUUUUUGUUGCAGCAACGUUCGGGCUGAAGUGCGUCCUGGUUCGGUACCAGACCGUACGUUCUUUCAACGCCAGUUGUAGCAAGAAAAUGGACGCUAUGAACGGUGCUGCCGCUAUUCUUGGUCUUGUUGCCUUCCUAGGAAUGGCCAUGGUUGCGUCAUUUCCGGUGGGGGACGUUCCGACGGUACACACGGUCGCCGCAAACGUCCUUUUCUACGGACUCCUGGGUUAUCAGGUGAUGCAAACAAUCAUAACCUAUUGGAUGUAUCCGCUCUUCAACGGCAAGACCAUCGUCAUCAUACGGAUUAUGAUCUGCUGCUUCUGCGGGCUCUCUGUCAUUUUAAUGGCCGCGAUUGGCGCUGUAGGCAAGUCAAUCUGGAAGGAAAAAGUGCGUGACCAUCCACUACGGAUGAAGGUUCCGUCGGAUGAGGGUUUCGGACUUCUCGUGACUGCGGCCACCUUCGAGUGGAUCCUCGGCCUGUGCGUGGUUCUCUUCUUCUUCACCUACGUCCGGGAGUUCCACAAAGUGACGCUCGAAAUCAAGGCCGACCUGCUGGUCGACCACCUGGACGACGAGCCGAUUUUCCGAAAGUCGCCCUACAUGUCCGAGACCACUUACCUACGUGCUCACGAGACGUGACGGCUGUGUCUGCCAUAACGAUUGCUGUAAAUGUUGUCUGACUCAGGCGCCAUAGAUCAAAUGCGUGCGCAGAUGGAUGCGGCAUAAUUUUUUCCCCUUGGUAGUAUAUCCCCGACUGUGCCGAUGGGCCACCCUUGCAAGUAGCGCAGCGUGGUGCACUUUCCCGCCAUGUUUUCGAUUUUUCCUGGUCCAAACAGCACCUCAAGUGGAGAUCGCCGAAAUCAAAACUGGUGGCUCUUGGGGUCCACAAUUGUCCACCGCAUGCUGGUAGGAAAUCUCGGAGGCCUGCAUUUGCGUUUCUCUAUGGGGGAAACAUUUGUAUGCUUCGACACCAGAUGUCGCUCGGUGCGCACUUGUCACAUUUUGGCCACCGAAAAUUACAACACGUGUGUCUUCGAGGCCGGCGCCCAUGUGAAGACUGCCCACGUGCGAAAAGACCAUUCAUGCACGGGGUACCGUUUAUUUCGUACACGCGAUAUAAGUUAAUACUUUGAGCCUUGAUACCUGUAUCUUAAUACCUUGUGCCCUACACGAGGUAUUAACAAUUUGAACGAGUCAUGGCAAUUUCUAAGGGAAGCAUUCCUACUCUGAUUGCAGCAUCGAUUGCUAUCGGGAGUCACGGAAUAUAACCGGAGCGAAUGGGUCACGAAAACACACCGGGAAUGGGAUUCAUGCCUUUGGCGCACCACCUAGCACUCGUGUAUAUGAGGGAUAUCCGACCGUGAGAAAACAAGAAAAAGACCGAGUCUUCGUUUAUACUAAGGGGCUUCAUCUCAACAAGGGCUUCUUUUUUGGUUAUAUUUACUGCGGCUACCCUACAUUUACACUACAGUCACCAUUCAGUGAACGCCUUCUUGUACGCUUGACAGUGUCAUGUUGAGUAUGCGCGGCAGAAUUGUUUCGUUGCAUAACUUUUUUUUUUAUACAUAGGCAUCCAAACAACUAUAUAGAAUCUAUUGAGUACAACAUAUUGUUGCGUGAGAAUUCUAUGUGGUCAAAGCCACUCCUGCAGAGAACUGUGGGUUCCAGGGAAAAGUAAUUCAUUACAAUGUGGCAUCACGGUGGCUACUCCGGGGCCAUCUAAUGGGCCUGGUAAAGAACGCUCACUUAUAUUUACGUGGUUCAGUGCGGACCACACAGACAAGCGGUACAAACUUUCAUGGGCGUUUCAUGGGAUAAACGCAGCAGUUCAAUAUAUGUAUCAUUGGCCUUAUGCAUAGCGCCACUCACGCAUGUAAAAGUAGAAAAUCUCAUUGAUGCCGAGUUGGUAAAACUUGGACAGUAUAACCUUUCGUGGUUCCACCUAAUUUAAUCAGACACGAUGACAUAUCACUAGACAUUCUUAAUUUGGACAAGAUGGCUAUCAAAGAUCUUAUUUUUAGAUUCUAUUUCUCUCCAUCUUUUCUGCCGAAAUUGAGGCUGAUACAUGCGUCUCUUCUUGUAAAAUUAUAUUUUGUUCAAUAUGUGGGUCUAUUAGUGCUCAACUCUGGUUAUGGGCUGCUGCAAUUAGUUUCGAAAAGCCUGUUUACAAAAAUCUGCUGUUGAAGGGCUCGGUAAAGCAGUCAGAAUCAAUGCUUUUCUCGAAUUAAUCACUUCAUAGUACGGGCUCCACCUCACAGGUGAUACGUUGUCUGAAUAUGUUAAUGAGAGAAACUGCUUUCGUCGAUCACUGAGAACAUUGCAUAUUUUAUUACUAUUGUUUUUUGACAAGCAGCGCGUAACUGUUUCCCUACUAUAUUUAGUAAGUAAUUACAAUGUCUUUCAUGACAUCACGCAUUGCAAAUAGGGCUUUUCUUCGACUCAAGCUGCGAUGCAAAGCCUUUUUGUUCUAUAAUAAAACUUUCAUGUCACGUAAAUAGAAUGACUCACGAACAAGACAUUGCUUGCAAGAGUAAUAUGUCUGCAUGCUUGGUGGCAUGAACGCGCAUUGUACGCUAGACGACUAUUUCAGUUUUUAGUCAUUUGUUUGGCAUAUAUUGUACUUCAGUAUCACAGGCAGCUCUGUCCUUAUAAAACGCUUGAAAUAAACUACAGUCAUGUUAGUUUUGACAUUAGCAUCUAGUUGAGUGGAGCUGUGAAGGUUUUUGCCGGUACAAUAGCGGACGUUUGCUAAUUUCGCGAGUCGUUCUGGAUGUGCAGGGGUGUCCAAAAGUUCCAGGCUCGUGCUGUCAUAUGAUUCCAUAGGAUAGCAUCCUGGAAACUAUUGUUCGCCCUUGUACGUAUUGUCUUCAACGAAUCUCUACAAAAGUUGGUGCCUUCCAUAUUAUUACUCGGAGCUCGGGUAAUAAACCUUGUGUCUAACAGUUGUCAAAUGGUUAAACGGGACUUCCACAGAAUGCAAUAAAUGUUGUGUUUGGAAC